UGUGGUGCCGUCCAACGUGUUGCGAGGGAGUACACAGCCCAGCGAAACACCCUCGAAAACCUCACAGAAGCAUCUUCGUAGGAAGGCCAUACUUAUAUCCUAUACUAAAAAAAGGCUCGAAAACCGCAGAACCAGCCAACGAGAUGUCUGGACAACCUCAGUCGGAAGCCGAGCAAAACAUUCAAAUAUGGAAGAUCAAGAAGUUGGUCAAAAGUCUCGAGGCCGCUCGAGGCGCCGGAACUAGUAUGAUCAGCUUGAUCCUACCGCCGAAGUCUCAAAUCAGUCAAGCAGCUAACAUGUUGGCUCAAGAAUAUGGCACAGCCUCAAAUAUCAAAUCCCGGGUAAAUCGAUUGUCUGUUUUGGCUGCCAUCACAUCCACACAACAGCGACUCAAACUUUACAAUCGAAUUCCACCAAACGGAUUGAUUGUCUAUUGUGGAACGAUCCUGACGGAUGAGGGCAAGGAAAAGAAAGUGAACUUCGACUUUGAGCCCUUCAAGCCAAUUAACACAUCACUCUAUUUAUGUGACAAUAAGUUUCACACCGAAGCGCUCUCUGAACUAUUGGAAUCCGAUGCCAAGUUUGGCUUCAUUGUCAUGGACGGAAAUGGUUCCUUGUUUGGUACUCUUGCCGGCAAUACUCGAGAAGUCAUUCACAAGUUUACAGUCGACUUACCCAAGAAACACGGUCGUGGUGGUCAAUCUGCACUUCGUUUUGCCCGACUCCGAGAAGAAAAGAGACACAACUACGUCCGUAAGGUUGCCGAAUUCGCCGUCCAACAUUUCAUCACAAAUGAUAAGGUCAACGUCCAAGGAAUCGUAAUGGCUGGUAGUGCGGAUUUCAAAACAGAGUUGAGCCAGAGUGACAUGUUUGACCCUCGGUUGGCUGCCAAAGUCAUCAAAAUAGUCGAUGUUAGUUAUGGAGGUGAAAAUGGAUUCAAUCAAGCUAUUGAAUUAGCUGCGGAAAGUCUGUCACAGGUUAAAUUCAUCCAAGAGAAAAAAUUGAUUCAAAAAUAUUUUGACGAAAUCGCACUUGAUACCGGAAAGUAUUGUUUUGGAGUUGAAGAUACCCUCCGAGGUUUGGAACUGGGAUCAGUCGAGACCUUAAUUGUAUGGGAGAAUCUUGAUAUCACACGUCACACCUUACGAUCCUCAACAGGAGAGACGAUCAUCAUUCACACAAAUGCACCCCCGCCAACGGCCUCGAACAAUACGAGCGCGGGUCAGUCGGGAGGCAACAGCGGAGGAACCUCACUGGCAUUGGCUCAUUUACCUGAGAAGGAGCGAGAGAAAUUCAUCGAUAAGGCUACCGGCUUGGAGAUGGAACAAGCUGCCGAACCCCAAUCUCUACUCGAAUGGUUGGCUGAGAAGUAUCAGGAGUUCGGGGCGGCCUUAGAGUUCGUCACAAAUCGAAGUACCGAAGGCUCCCAAUUCGUUCGGGGCUUCGGUGGGAUCGGUGGGAUCCUGAGAUACAAAGUCGACUUUGGUUUGAUUGCUGAUGCCUUUGAGGAUGGCGAGGAGGGCGAAUUCAUGACAGACUCAGAUGAAUAAAUCGAUUUGUUUUAUCCGGCUCAUCUCCAUCUGUCCAUUUCGAUCACAUCAUCUUUGAUAUAUCUAUCUCGAGAAACAUUCAAAAGAAAGCUUUUUGGGUGUUCUAUGUAUACUCCCGAAGUUCACUCAUCUUUACUUGUCAUCUCUGUCCUUUCUUUCUCUCUGUUCUCCUUCUGCCAGUCCCUUGCAAUGUUCUCUUUUCUUUUUGGAUUCUAGCAGUUUUCCUACUCAUUGAAAGUCUUAUGUAUCUAGGAUAUUUCUCUUUUGCGUAGAAUUCAUGCUUUCAUGUUCAUCAAAUAAUAGACUUGUGUGUGUCUACUGGGGUGAUAUGUAGACUCCACAAUGGAAAGAGAAAAGUAAAUAUAGAGUUUUCAGCCCUUUU